AUGUCUGAUCGUUCCAAAGUUAGUAAUGUUCAAAAUCGCGACAGCCUAAAUUCAACUAAUUUACAUGUUAUAGAAGAAAUGCUUUCUUCAAAUAACUCAACUAGUGAAUCCACUUCGUCAAUUAUGAACUUGAUUUUCGUAUCGUUUGUAUCGUCUGUUGGAGAAUUACGUGCUUAUCCAAAUGAAAAUAAACCAGACAUGGGUUUCAUGGAUGUCUUGGAAGAAUAUAUUCAUCGUGAUAGUGGUUUAAAAUCUAUUGAAAUGCACAAGAUUGUGUACUGGGAUUAUUCUUAUUUAACUCAAUCCAUAGUUUCAAUUAUUCGUGAUCAAGGUUACCAACACGAAAUCCGUAUCACAUAUCUACAACGUAAUCAAUUUAUUGUCCGAAGCAACGCUGGUGUCUUAAGACUCUUGCCAAAUGCGAGAUUGAACGAUUCGCGAGAUCUUCUGAUAUUCAAGGUUGCGAGUCGAGUUCAUGAAGUCAAUGUUGGAGCAUAUACGACUUGCGAGGUCGUCUUACAUUCAAGAGAACAUAACUGA